CCGGCCGCUCCGCCCCCCGCCGCCCGCUCCCCUCACUCCUCUUAAACUAAAAACAAAACUUUUCCUGUCCGCGACCGCUUUAGUUCCUGUCUUGGUCCCGUCGGUCCCGGGAGCCUGUUUCGGCCGCCGGUCUCUGUGGUAGACAUGUGCCCGGGCUUCACGCUGGCCGGCGCUCAGUAGCAGGGGGCCCUGUCUGUCACUUCCAGCGGGCACUACACGUGGAGAUCCUGCGCCCCUCUCAUGCCCCCCACACAUAGACUCCAUGCCACACGGCCCCUCUCCUCCCCAGGCCCGGCCUCCCCUCUCCCAUGCGAGCUAGAUAAGGACGUCUGGCUGGCCUUUCUUCACUUUCGGUUCGGCGUUUGCUUUCUGGUGAGUGGGCAGCCAUGGACGGGCACAGAGAAGCGGGCGCUGGCACUGCUGGGGGUACAGAGGAGGCUGCCAUGGACUCUUAUCUGAGGGCCAAUGGGUUGUACAGGAAGAAGAUCGCCAAGGACGGCUCCUGCCUGUUCAGGGCAGUGGCUGAGCAGGUUCUACACUCUCAGGCACGACAUUUGGAAGUCAGGCAGUCCUGUAUAAAAUAUCUUUGGGAAAAUCGAACCCAAUUUGAAGCUUUUAUUGAGGGCUCUUUUGAAGAGUAUCUGAAACGUCUGGAAAAUCCACAGGAAUGGGUUGGCCAGGUUGAAAUAAGUGCCCUUUCUUUAAUGUUCAGCAAAGAUUUUAUAAUUUAUCAAGAACCUAAUGCAUCUCCUGCUCGUGUGACUGAUAAUGGCUUUUCCGAUAAGAUAAUGCUUUGUUUUUCUAAUGGAAACCAUUAUGACAUCAUAUAUCCUGUCAGUUUUGCUGAAAAUGCCGCUAUGUGCCAAUCUAUCAUUUAUGAAUUGCUCUAUGAAAAGGUAUUUGGGCAUUGCAUUACAAAACAUGUGUCUAAAGGAGAUACAUUUGAUUCCAAACCUGAAGAGGUUUUCAUCAGUGAAGCUUCAGGGUCUGAUGCGGAAAAUGAAGUUGCUGGAAAGAAUAUUUUGAGUUUUGGGGAUAUGAAUGGAUUUAAGUCUCACAAGGAUGGCAAGCUUCCCCAAAGAAGGUCUGAACCACCUUCUUUCCCCCCAUCUGUUUUUCGGUCACUUAAUGCAGGAAUAUAUAGAAAUGUGGAGUACGAAGUCUGGAAGAAAUCACAAAGAGAUCAGCAAAAGCUUGACUUCUCCAUUGCUGCUGGAAUGCAGUAUUCUGUUGGAGACAAAUGUCAGGUCCAAUUGGAGUCAGGAGGAGUGUUUUAUAAUGCCCACAUCCAGGAAGUUGGUGCAGAUAAUGGACCGGCUGUCGUCUUUGUGGAAGAACUUGGACAAAAACACAUUGUUCAGUUGAAAUAUCUUAAGCCAAUUCCUUUAAGUAGUAGUACAGAUGGUUGGAACACUGUUGCAGGUAAAAAGAUAAAAAAGACCUCUGGAAGUGGUACAGCUGGCCAUACAGAGAAGGACAACAGAGGACAAAGAAACUAUGGAAAAGCUGUAAAAAUGCAGCCCCUACCUUCUCGCCAGCAGCAAACUUCCAUGAACAGGCAGCAUGGGAUGUCUUCAGAUCAAGCUACCCUAAUUGAAAACAAGGGACGGAGCAGGACUCCCCCAAAAGUGCCUGGAAGGAAGCUUGAGCAAAGUGAGGAAUCCAGUUAUUUCAAACGAGAAAAUGUUCACUUUGGCUUAACUCCAGAGGAACGUAGAGAGAAACAAGUGAUGGAGGAAUCCAAAUCUUUGUAUGAAAUGCAAAACCGAGAUGCUGAGGCAUUUCCAGCCCUCUCUAGUUCUGAUGCUUUACCCUUGAAAAAGAUCCCAGCUCUAACUAAUGAAAAAAUCACUAGGAAGAAAUCUGAUGCAGAAGAUCAAAAAAAUAAAGCCUACAAACUGACACAGCCUCCAAAAGUGAGUGAGGAGAAAUUAAGUGAGGAAACAAAGCCACUUGCUACCUCUAAAUCUGUUGUUUUACAUGAUGUCACUGUUCUUCCAACCACUGCUGAGCAACAGACACCAACCACAGUGCCUUCUAUACCCGCCGUGGUCUCGCCUUGGUCAGGGAUUUCAGUGGAGAUACCUACUUCACCUACAGCUGGAUCUGACUCUGUAUUACAACCUCAGGGGACAUCAGCCCAGUUUUCACCACUUCCAGUUUCAAUUCCAGCAGUUAACCAACCUUUACUGCCUAUGCCACAGACACUGAGUGCUUACCAGGACCCUCUUUAUCCUGGUUUUCCUGUAAAUGCAAAAGGAGAGAGAGCUACUGCCCCUCCUCCCUACUCGCUCUGUAAAAAUGGAGAUGACCUACCUACUGAUAAAAGCAUUCUUCAUUUCUUUUACAAUCUUGGCAUAAAGGCUUAUACAUGUCCAAUGUGGCCUCCACACUUAUACCUUCACCCCCUUCAUCAAGCCUACUUAAAUAUUUGCAGGAUGUAUCCAAAUGUUCACGUUUACCCACAAAGCCACUGGGUACAGGAAUCUGCUGUAAACCAAAGUGAAGUAGAUCCUUCGGUCUUUGCUCAUCAGUGUGAGAUUAGGAGUGAGAACCAGAGUGAACAACCUGUAGGCUUUUGUCCCCCAGUGGUUCAAACCCUGCCUGUCGAAAACCCAACAAUUGGUGAGGAGAUACCUCCACAACCUAAUUCAUCAGAAGAAAUGGAUCCGUUCCAGGCACAGGGUAGUGAAUUUGAAGACCUGCUGUCAAACAAGACAUUGCUCCCUCAACCUCCUUUUGGACAGGGUUCCUAUAUGGGACCACUUCCAAUAGCGUCUCCGUUUUUCCCACAUGUUUGGUAUGGAUAUCCCUAUCAAGGAUAUAUUGAAAACCCAAUGGUACGGCAUAGUGUCUUCAUUAACCCUCAGGAUACAAGUUUGUCUGAAAACAUUUCAACAGGGGCUGUCUUAGAAAAUAAUGCAGUUCAAGAAGCAAUAAAUCAGUCACAUCAUUUUGUGAGUGAACCAGAUAGUCCUCUAUUGCCUGCUGCUGAUCUGGUCAGAGAGUCUACUUCAAAUACCACAGUGGUCAAAGAGGAACCAGCUACAGAAAUGGCCACUGUAGAGCCCCUGAAGCUUCCAGUGAAGUUGACUGAUCAUCAAAUGGCUUCCUUAGUUCUAACCGAAAUACCUGAGGGCAAAAAAUCUUUAGAGAAGGAGGUGGCUUCAGUGCCAGUAGCUAUGGCACAGGUUCUUCCACCUGAAGAGAGGCCACUUAGAACGAGGGAAGAGAGCUCAGAGGAUGAGCGGGAGGUGUCUAAUAUGCUUAGCAGUGGCAGAUCAAAGAACUUUUACAAUCAGUCAUAUGGUAGUAGGAGACCUCGAAAUGACAGGUAUUAUCAGACUAACAGAGGAGGAUACCAGUAUAAUAGAACUGAUGAGGGCUGGAGGGGACAAAGAGGAAGAGACGAUGGCUCUUUCAGAAAUUUUAGAGGUCGGUCAAAUAGAAGACGUCAAUUUGUGGAUGCUUACAAACCACAACAUGAAUAGAAGUUCAUAGUUGAUGUCUGCUAAGAAUAUUUGUAUGUUUUUCUUCAUAUUUAUUUGGACAAUAUAUACAUAAGAUAAUAAAUUGAGAAUCAUAUAUUCUUUUAAAGUAUGGCAAAUGUUUAGGGGGGGGGGGGGAGGGUGAUGGGCAAAGUAAGCCUUCAGUUUGUAUUUCUCUUGUCUUUCUCAAUUACUACCACUUGGGUUUCUUACUAUUCUUUCUUACUGUUCUUGUGAAAUAGAUAGUGGGGAUAGUUUAAAGUAACUGUGUGGUAUUCAUCUGUUUAUUUAUGUAGACAUUUACGACACUUAAAUGUAAGAGGACUCCUAGUACGGCCUGAUCUCCUCCAGUUUCUCAGCACUUAGACUUGCAGUGAUACAUUAGAUUGUCACACUAUGUAUGGAGUAGGCUGUAUGUUUAAAUGCCUUAUUCUUAUUAAGACUACCGAUCAGUUUUUGAUGGCUGUUGCUUCUGAUUGUGCUUCCAUUCCAAAGGCCUUUCAUCUUAGAAACUCCUACACAGAGAAGAAACUUGAAUGUUGUUACUUUUUGGUGGUAUGUUGUAAAUAGCAAACUGUUUACCACUUCACUAUUUUUUAAGGGGCAAAAAGUGUUGCAUGUCAAUGCGGCAAUCAAAAAUGUGACCAGUAUUUGUUGUGUAACUCCUAAGUCAUCAUAGGAGUGUUGAGUAUUUUAUUUUUUUUCAGCCCCUCCAUCCUAGUAACUUCUGAUCAUUAUUUCACCCUUUGUUUAAAGCUUGGUCAGUUUAUAGGGUUGUUUGUGAGCAGAGGCGUGCACUAGAGACAAUUCAGUAGAAUUGUAGCGUAAGCUUCGGACUAUAAAGCUGCUAGCAAUAUCCUAAGGCUGCAAGAUGAACAAUUGGGGGCUUGUGUUCAGACAGAGAACUUGUGAAAGCAAGCAUUUAUGCUCUAUUUUGCACUGACAUAUCGAAAAGACGUGUAAGCACAUAAAGUAUUUUAUUUUAAAUCUGUAAAUGAAACUACAGCGUUCUUUUCGUCUUGUUUUCUAGAUUAUUUUUAAAUGUUCGUUGAGAUUAAUGCAAACAUUUUUGUUAUGGAGAAAUAUUAUUGUCCUCAUGUAUUACUGUUAUUUUUUAUUUUUUUUUUUUUUUAAAGCUUGUGGUGGACUUGAAUGUUUUCUUGCAAAUAUGUUCUUGAUGCCUCUUGUUUCUGAAGACAGUUUCUCAGAAGCAUGUGCUAUUGUCCUUUAUACCUGUUGUGUGUGGUGUGCUAUAGAAACAGCUUAUGCUGUUCUCAUGUUUACAUGUUAAGUUGUUGGUUUUUAUUUACUACAUAAAUCAAUAUUAAAGGAUUGAUUAAAUGCUACGGAGUCCUUGGUAUUGACAUUAUUUCUAAUGUAUUUUCUCAAUCUUUGUGCAUAUACACUUGUUUUAAAGCCUGUCAUUUAAAAGAUAUAUA